CUCUGCUCAGUGUUUCCGCUCUCGUUCCAGUAAACAUGGCGGCAGAGGGAGAUGUCGAUUUGGACUUGGAAGCAGACGAAAACUGCACUGGAAAGCCUGCAGAUAAGCCUCGAAAACAUGAUAGCGGGGCUGCCGAUUUGGAACGAGUCACAGAUUAUGCGGAGGAGAAAGAAAUCUCCAGUUCGGACUUAGAAACGGCUAUGUCAGUGAUUGGUGACAGAAGAUCACGAGAACAGAAAGCCAAACAGGAGAGGGAAAAAGAGUUGGCCAAAGUUACCAUCAAGAAAGAAGAUGUAGAACUAAUUAUGUCAGAGAUGGAAAUUUCGCGGGCAGUAGCAGAGCGCAGUCUGAGGGAACACUUGGGCAACGUGGUGGAGGCUCUGGUGGCUCUGACCAACUGAACAGAUGUCACACAAUGGACUGCUUCCUGUUUCCCAGAGUUCCCAUGAUGCAUCUGAACGUGACGGCAAAGCUGCUGUGGAGCUACACGUACUGCAAAGCUUUCUUCAUUGUUUUUUUUUUUU